CGAGUUGCGGCGUCAGAGUGCGUGUCUGUGCCAGAAAGCUUGCAGGGGUUUCAGGUCGUCCGAGAGACCCAAUAGCUUAAUUGCGCACACCCCCGUUAAUUAUGACAUCAAGCACAACAAUCAAAACGGCAAACGACGUGUUAACUCCAAUUCUAUUUUGAGCAGCUCCUCAAUGGUAUCUGGGAAGCUGUCUGUCUAGCUAUCAUUCUCCAGCAAUUAAUUAUACCCACACCUUAUUGUCACACUACAGCAAGACAUAUUUUUAUAUAUCAUCCACUAAUGGGGGUCUUGUCACGCAUCGGCCUCCGACGGGCCAACCAGUGGGAGCCCCCCACGCUCUUGGACAAGCUGCUUGACGGACCUCUCCACUACCUCGUUGCCAUCAUCUAUGGUGUCUUGGUGUGGCUCCGAGGCCGCCCAUUCGCCCCGCCGUCCGGCCGGCAGCGUGUGCGGGUGGUUUGCAUAUCGGACACACAUGACCAAACCUUUGACAACAUUCCAGACGGCGACCUGCUCAUACACGCUGGAGAUCUCACAAAUGCAGGCACCGUCAAGGACAUCCAGGCGCAGAUCGACUGGCUUGCAUCCCAGCCUCACCAGCACAAGGUUAUGAUCGCUGGAAACCAUGAUACCUGGCUGGAUCCGGUCUCCCGAAAGACGCUCAUAAACAAGACCGCAGAUGACCCAUCGGCUGUUCCGGACUUUAAAGGCAUUCAUUAUUUAGAAGACAACUCGGUUCAUCUAGUGUUCAAACCCAGCGGCUGCACUCUUAACGUCUAUGGCUCACCGCACAUCCCGCGUUGCGGCGGGAGUGACUUUGCCUUCCAGUACAUGAGGCAUGACCCUCCGUGGGCUAACAAAAUUCCCCAGGCAACUGACAUAUUGGUUACGCAUACGCCCCCGCAACAUCAUCUGGACCUUGGACUAGGCUGCAGCGGACUGCUCAACGAAAUAUGGCGAGUCAAGCCCCGCCUGCACGUUUUCGGCCACGUCCACACUGCAGCAGGCCGCCAGGCCGUCUACUUUGACGAUUGCCAGCGGGCAUAUGAAAAUCUCAUGGCCAGGCCGAGGAGAGGCGUGUUUCGGGAUCUGAUGCUGCCGCAUGCAGGCUGGAUCGACGCAUGCAGGGUGGUCUUGUACGGUCUCAAUGCGGUACUCUUCAAGUGGAUAAUGCAGGGACCCGGUCCCAACCACGGAGGUUUGAUGGUGAAUGCCGCCCAGAUGUACCGCAACACUGGAAAGCUGGGGAACCGGCCGCAGGUCGUGGAUAUGUAAUAUCCUAAGCCCUUGCUACAAAACUUUGUUCCCAUAAAAGACCUAUGGACAGUAUAACGGGGCCUUGUUUGUUAAAGGGAUAGGUCCGCAGGUUUCCGCGUUGAAGUUUAUUCUAACAAGUUCACUGUUAAUCAAUAGAUGCU